AGGAAAGCAUUGUCAGCAUGGCAGUUGCCGGUGCGAUAAUUGGUGCUGCAAUUGGUGGAUGGAUGAACGAUCGAUAUGGCCGCAGGAUCUCAAUCCUGGUUGCAGACUCUCUCUUCUUCAAAGGAGCUAUUGUCAUGGCCUCUGCUCCCAACCCAGCUCUACUGAUCGUUGGUCGUAUUUUUGUGGGUCUCGGUGUUGGUAUGGCAUCGAUGACAUCUCCAUUAUACAUCUCAGAAGCUUCUCCUGCUAAAGUCCGAGGUGCCUUGGUUAGUACCAAUGGUUUCCUUAUAACAGGAGGCCAGUUUCUGUCUUACCUGAUCAACUUAGCAUUCACCAAGGCUCCUGGGACAUGGAGGUGGAUGCUUGGAGUUGCAGGGUUACCAGCUCUGUUUCAAUUUGCACUAAUGUGGUUUCUUCCAGAGUCACCACGUUGGCUUUAUAGAAAGGGAAGGGAAGAUGAAGCCAAAGCCUUACUCAAAAGAAUCUACCCCGUGGAUGAGGCUGAAAUGGAGAUACAAGCUCUGAAAGAGUCUAUUGAGACAGAGAUCAAUUGCACUACUAUAGGUGCAAAUCUUACCUAA